GCUAGAUACAGUCCCAACGUUGACACAGGCUCACUUUAAACACUACAAUUUCUCGGGUUAUAUUUACUUGUCCGAGGUUCUUGAUUUUUCCAUCAAGGACCAUUUUAGAAACGCAAUUUCAGAAAGGAAAAAAGAUCAAAAAACUAAACGCAACCCGUUUUCUGGAAUCAAACGCCAUCACCUAAAAUCUCACACUUUCAUCUUGAAACCCACUAAUAAGCUUCGAUUCUUUGCAGAGGGUAACGUAAAUCACUAUGCAGGGUUUAAAGAAGGGUUCCUCUCUUACAAGGCCUUUCUCAAUUCAUCAUAUCAAACGAAUGUUUUCGAAUUCAUUGUCCGCUCUUGAAGAUACUUUCUUAUCAACCAAGGAUACAUAUGAGAGGCAUAAAGUUGUGUUUACAUUACUAACUUCCAUAGCAUCUAUUGGCACUGCUUGGACUGGCUAUACGCUACGCCACCUUCAUGAAACAAAAGUUGAACAAAGGCUUGACUCAAUCGAAAAUGCUAUGAAAAGAAAUUAUGACCUUGAUGGAAAGGAAUUCAAAAAGAUGGUUGGAAACGGUAAUUCCAAUGCUGCAGCUUGUGUGGCCACAUCAGGUGUCACUUUGGUAAUCGGGUAUGGGUUGGGUUGGAGAGGUGGGAGGUGGUAUGCAAACCGUAAAUUCAAAAGGGAACAGAUGAAGCUUUUGGGUCAAGUUAAACCAAAGAAAUGGCAAUUGAAGAAAAUUUUGGGUCGAUUGAGGAAGUCAAAUACUGCGGUCAAAGCAUCAGUCAAAGCAUCGGAAAGCGCGAUUCCGGUUGCACAUAAUGCUGCUUGAAAAGGGAAUGAUCAAUGAUGUAGAUUCAAGUGGAAUGGAAUCAGUUUUGAGAUAGAUAUACAUUUUUAGAGAGAGGUGAUAUAGUGUGGAGUUUUAUUACUACUAUUAACCUUGAAAUAAAGGUUUUAAUUUGUUUACACAAUUUCUUUAUGAAA